AUGCUUCCCUCCAACAUCACAGACUCUGGAGCAGUAGGUAUACCUCUCUCGGUAAACUUUGACAGUCCUGUCGAUUAUCUCAUUUUUAUUUUUCAACUUUUAUUCGCUACAACUGCUGUGCUGGUAGCCGGACCUGUAGUCAUUACCAUUUUGGCCACACGAGCUCUCCAUCUUCAAAACAGGUUUAUUUUCAUGCUGAACACUUGUAUUUGUGAUACGCUGGUUGGGCUUUCAGUGUAUUAUCUCGGUCUGUUUGAUGUUCAAGAAGGAUUUCCUUCGAGAAAUGGAACUUAUAAUAUGCUACCUUCUCUUCUCGGGGUAAACAUGAUAACAUUUUUAUUUGCACAAUUUGACCGUUAUUUGGCCGUUUGUCAUCCAUUCAUGUACACGCGCUAUAUAACCCGGCCAGCGAUUAUCUCUUUAAAUGUGUGUUGUUGGCUUCACAUUUAUUCUCAGAUGAUCAUUUUAAUUUUCUUGCCACUUUCCGAAGCAAGACGGCUGUAUGCUUUCAGUAUUGUCAGUUUACAGAUCAUUGUGGUCACCAAAGUGAUCAUGACUAUCAAACUGUAUGUUGUUGUCAGGUACCAGCUGGACAGAGACCCUCCCAGCGCUGAGAGAGAAAGCAACAAGGAAUCCUUAAAAAUUAUCAUCUUUGUUGUCAUAAGCUUCUUGCUGUUAUGGGGCCCAUCUUUUGUUAAUAUCGUCCUCAGACUGCUGUUUGGAAGAGGGCUAAUAUUUCGGAACGAGGCCACCAAUCUUUUUGCUGUUAUGGCUCGUCUCAACGCUGUGUGCACACCUGCGGUGUACCUGUGGGGGAGUCCGGCUCUGAGAGAAGCCACGGUGAGGACUGUCUGGGCCAGAGUGUUCCCAAGACGCAAGAGGCGGUAA